AUGCACGCGCACGAGCCGGGCGAGCCCCUGGAGCGCACGUCCAGCCAGGUCUUCGCCUCCUGGGUGCGGGAGAGGGGCGCGGUGUUGCGCGGGCAGGGCGAGCGCCUGGGCGGCAGGAAGGUCGCUCCGCUCCACGAGCUCGAGAGGUCCAACGGCAACCAGAUGAAGGAUCCGAGCUGUAUCAGCUCCUCCGCGAGUCCCCCUCGAUGA